CCUCCUCCUCACCCUCCUCCCCCUCCCCUCCCCCUCCUCGCCCCUCCCCCCUCCCUCCGCCCCCUCCCCCCCCCGCCGCACCCACCUACGUCACUCCGGGGGGGCGGGGCUUCCCCGGGAUUCCCCCCCGCCCGCUGACGUCACAGCCGGGGGGAUUCCCCCGGGGCCGCCGAGGGAGUUCCCGGGACCGACGGAAUUCCCGGGACAGAAGGAGUUCCCGGGACCGAAGGAAUUCCCGGGACAGAAGGAAUUGCCGGGACCGGAGGAAUUCCCGGGACCGAAGGAAUUCCCGGGACCGAGGGAAUUACCGGGACACCGGAAUCCUCCGGGACACCGGGAUCCUCCGGGACCGAAGGAAUUCCCGGGACCGAAGGAGUUCCUGGGACUGCCGAGGGAAUUCCCGGGACUGAGCGAUCCUCGGGGGCCGCGGGACUCGCCGGAUCUCGGGGACUCACCGGAGCCCCGGGACUCGCCGGUACCGCGGGAUCCUCUCGGGCUGCGGGAGUCCCCGAAGCCCCGGGACCCUCCGGGACCCCGGGACUCGCUGGAGCUGCGGGACUGGCCGGGACCGAAGGAAUUCCCGGUGCUGCGGGACUCACCGGAGCUGCGACACUCGCUGGAUCUCCAGGACUCACCGGGGCCUCGGGAUCCUCUCGGGCUGUGGGACUCCCCGAGGCCCCGGGACUCACCGGAUCUCCAGGACUGGCAGGGACUGAAGGAAUUCCCGGUGCCACGGGACUCACCGAAGCCCCGGGACCCUCCGGGACCCCGGGACCCUCCGGAGCCCCGGGACUCGCCAGCACCCCGGGACUCGCCGGAUCUCCAGGACUCACCAGAGCCCCGGGACUCCCCGGUGCCGCGGGAUCCUCUCGGGCUGCGGGACCCUCCGGAGCCCCGGGACCCCCCGAAGCCCCAGGACUCACCGGAGCUCCAGGACUCAGCGGAGCCCCGGGACCCGUCGGUACUGCGGGAUCCUCUCGGGCUGCGGGGCUUCCGGAUGCCCCGAGACUCACCGGAGCCCCGGGACCCGCCAGCACCCCGGGACUCUGCAGAGCUGCGGGACUCACCGGAGCCUCGGGACCCGCCAGCACCCCGGGAUCCCCCGGAGCCCCGGGACCACCCGAAGCCCCGGGACUCCCGGAAGCCCCGAGACUCACCGGAGCCCCGGGACCCACCAGCACCCCGGGAUCCCCCGGAGCCCCGGGACCCGCCGAAGCCCCGCGACCCUCCGGUGGCCCGUGACCCUCCUCCGGUGUCCCGGGACUCCCCGGAGCUGUGCCACGGCUACUACGACGUGAUGGGGCACUACGACGCGGCGUUCAACUGCUCGACGGGCGCGUUCCGGUUCUGCUGCGGCACGUGCAGUUACCGGUUCUGCUGCGAGCACCGGGCGCGGCGCCUCGAGCAGCGGCGCUGCGGGAACGCGCGGAGCCCGCCCUGGGCGCGCACCGCCGCCCCCGCGCCCUCCGCCGGGGCUGGUACCGGCACCGGCACCGGGGCCGGCACCGGGGGGCUCCGCGGGGCCGCGCUGGCGGCGGGAGCACCGGGCGGGGUCCCGUACGUGGUGUGCGGAGUGGUCAGCGCGGCGCUGGCGGCGGCCGUGGGGGCCCGCGCGGCGUGGGGGAGAGCGCAGCGCGGGGACCGAGCGGCGGCGGCACAAAGGGAGCGCGGCAGGGCGCUCGUGGACGUGCUGCGGCACCAGGCGGGGUCGGGGCCGGGGGCGCGGCCCGAGCGCCGCAGCAGCUGUGGGGUCCUGCCGCCCCCUCCCCCCGACGCGGGACCCCCCCGGCCCCCCAAAAACCUCUACGGGCCCGAGAGCGGCUACGCCCAUCGGGGCUUCGGGACCCCCGAACACCGCGGGGGGGGCCUGGACUGGCGGGUGCCCCCCCCCGCCCCCCUGAGCUGCUCCCGCUCCUUCCACAACCUCUCGCACCCCCCCCCGCCCUACGAGAGCCCCCCCCGGGCCGACGGCGCCCGUUGGGCCUCGCUGCGGCGCCUGGCCGACCGGGACCUGGAGGAUUUCGGGGGUCCCUGGGGCCCCCCCUGGGGCGCGCCCCACCCCCCCCGGGGGACGCUGCCCCUCCCCCCGCCGCGGGGCCGCCGGGUCCUGUCCCAGGAAUUUUUGGGGGGUGGGUUUGGGGGGGGGACCCUCCCCCGGAACCGGCCCCGGCGCCCCCCCCUGUCCCACGCGGCGUCCCAGAGCAGCCUCGGGCCGGGGGGAGGGGCGGGGGGCGCGGGGGGGGUCGCCUCCCCUCCCCCGCCCCUCCCCCACCACCACCCGCCCCCCCCCGGGACCCCCUUCUCGCCCCCCCCCCAGCCCGGGGGGGUCGGGGGGCGCCGGGCGGUUUUUGGGGCGCAGCGGCAGAACACGGCGGAGCUGCAGCUCCUGCCCGGGCCCCCUCCCCCACCCACCGCCCCUCCCCCACCCGCGCCCCCUCCCCCGCCCCCCCCCCAGCAGCAGCCGCCGCCCCUCCCCCCGCACCGGCUGCGCACCGGGAGCCGGACCGAGGUGACGGUGUGAGCGGAAAGGGUUAAAAAUAUGGGG